UGUUGCGCCUGCAACUUUCCCUAACAUAGACGCAACAAGUAAAAGGUCCGUUCAGUAAACGUUUUCCGUUUGAUUUUAUUGUCAGUGUGCCAGUAUGUGCUACAAGCUGCCAUCCCGCAAGGGAGCUGUGUCUCCAGUAACAGUUAAUUUAGUUAAAAUCACAGUUGUUUUGGUAUUCUUUUGUUUCGCCGAGUGUGCUGCUGGAUCCUGCUUGAACUAUGGACAUGCCUGUUGGGGAGCUCAUGGAAAAAGAAGCGGAAAUCAGAAUCCCUUGGGUAGAGAAGAGACAUCCGGUAAAGAUUUCAAAACAAAAUGGUUUUUAUCAAGACUAAUUCAGGGCCCUUUAGAUUUACAUUACCCACAUGAAAGAGACAUGGAUAUUGCCGCCAAACGUAAUUCAGAAUCACUUUUUUCCGGUAAUGACGGAGACUCUUUAAGAGGCCAAGACUGGGAAAGUAUUCAAGAUCUGAUAGCUGAUGACCAACUUUUUGAUGACUCCAUUGGACGUUCUAUGGAAAACAGCAGAUUGAGAUCACCAAAAGUGUUGGAUAAACGUUCCAUCAAACACGAUUGAGGAUUCUAAGCCUGCGAUUAGCUCAUAGAUGUAUGAUUUCCGACAAUGCCAUUUACUACUUUGUCAAGACAUUGACGAACUGAUUUAUUUUCAAUAACCUGUACAUAUUUUGGCCCUAGUAAUUGCACAUAGGGCUGGAGGGCAACUAUUAGGGCCUGAUAGUGAAUUUGUAUCAUGGAAAAGAAAACGAAAUGUCCACUUGAAAUUUCUGUUUCCCCAAAUUGUAUCCGUUUGGCUUACCGAAUAUAUAAAUGUAAAUAAACAUUGAGGAUGUUCUAAACCUGAUUCUACUUCUAUGAUACGAAGCAUAUUAUCGUGAUGUAUAAUC